UUCUUCCAGCUUACAAUCCAAGCAACCAGCUGAGAAACAUCUCUUGUUGAGUUCCUCUAGCAAUCCAAGUAGUAUAUUAUUUGCAUUAGUAACCAUAAUUGCCCUUGUUGCACUACUCACUACUCACUAGAGUUAAGCUAGGUGUUAACUACAUAGUUCACAAACACAUACAAAAAAAGUGUUUACUUAGGUUAACUAUGGCCAUGAAGACUGAACUAAUGGCCACCAUGAUCUCCUUGAUCUUCCUCGCGCACUUCACCACCACCGCCAUCAGCCCUAGCGCUCAGCCCUCAUGGCUCUUCUCCCUCCUGUCGAUCUCCCUAGCCAUGGCGGCGGUCACCCUGCCGUUCACCGUCACCACCCGCCGUGCACGAGGUAGGAACAAUGGCGCCGCCGCCGCCACCAUCCCGGGGCCGCGGGGGUGGCCGCUGGUCGGCUCCCUGCCCACCGUGUUCGGCCCGCUCAUGCACCGCCGCCUGGCGGCGCUGACCGACGCGCACGGCGCGCGCCGCCUGAUGUCGCUCACCCUCGGCGCCACGCCUGUGGUGAUCAGUAGCCACCCGGAGACGGCGCGCGAGAUCUUGUCCGGCGCCGCCUUCGUCGACCGCCCGCCCAAGGCCGCGGCGCGGGAGCUCAUGUUCUGCCGCGCCAUCGGGUUCGCCCCCGCCGGCGAGUACUGGCGCCGCCUCCGCCGCGCCGCGGGCGCCGGCAUGCUCUCCCCGCGCCGCCUCGCCGCGCUUGAGGGCAUCCGCCGCCGCGUCGCCGACGGCAUGGUCCGGCGCGUCGCGGACCAGAUGGAGAGGUCCGGGGAGGUGGCCAUGAGGGCCCUGCUCCAGAGCGCCUCCCUUGAGAGCAUGGCCGGCAGCGUGCUCGGCCUCGAGGGUGGUGCUGGGAGUGAGGAGCUCGGUGAGAUGGUGAGGGAAGGGUAUGAGCUCGUGGGCACGUUCAACCUGGGAGACUACUACUACACGACACUGUGGGGCCCGCUGAUGGACCUCUGGGCGGUGGGGCCUGCGUGCAGGAGGUUGGCAGCUAGGGUUGGAGGGUAUUUUGGGAAGAUCAUUGAGGAGAGGAGGGUGGCAGGGGACUGCCAGGAGAGGGAUGACCUGCUCAGCUACAUGCUUACACUGCCAGAGGAUGAGAGGUUGGAGGACUCUGAUGUGAUUGCUGUGCUAUGGGAAAUGAUCUUUCGUGGGGUGGACGUUGUAGCCAUACUCAUGGAGUGGGCCAUGGCCCGCAUUGUGCUCCAUCAGGACAUCCAAUCCAAGGCCCACAAGGAGAUCAAUGCAGUGGUGGGCUCCCAUCCCAUCACCGACUCGGACGUCUCCAACCUACACUUCCUCCAGUGCGUUGUCAAGGAGACUCUCCGCAUGCACCCACCAGGCCCACUCCUAUCCUGGGCACGCCUAGCCGUGCAGGACACCCACGUUGGCAAGCACGUCGUGCCUGCAGGGACCACCGCCAUGGUGAACAUGUGGGCCAUAUCCCACGACGAGGCUAUCUGGGGAGACCCAUGGGUGUUUCGGCCUGAGAGGUUUACAGAGCAGGAUGUGAGCGUGCUGGGCUCCGACUUGAGGCUAGCGCCAUUCGGAUCGGGCCGAAGAGUAUGUCCUGGCAGGAUGAUGGGCCUUUCCACGGUGCAACUUUGGCUAGGACGCCUCCUGCAAGAGUACGAGUGGUUGCCGGCGAAGCCCAUCAAGCUUACAGAGUGUCUCCGCCUAUCUAUGGAGAUGAAGAAGCCGUUGCUCUGUCGUGCAGCUCGCCGCGGUGAAGAAGCUGCUUGAUUAACUGAACAUCAGUGGUGUAGCCAGCUAGUAGGUUUAAUUAGCUGUGCAAACUAAAGGAGGAAGACGUGCCGAUGUACAUCAAUCCAUGCUGGGUUGUGUUUGGGUAAUUUGUGUUAGUAUUUGUAAGAUUGUAUGUAUACAAUGUACCAUACAUGAGCCCUAUAGGUGGCUGCACGAGGACAUAGUUUGUACCAUUAUAUGAACACCUGCCUUGGAUGGAUUUUUAAAUUUAAGUCACUAAA